AUGGUAGAAAAAUGUUUGUUUUGCCAAAUCGUUAACCACGAAAAAGCCGCUUUUAUUAUUGCCGAAAAUGAAAAGGCUCUAGCCAUUUUGGAUGCUUUUCCGGUCAGCGACGGCCAUACUUUAAUUAUCACGAAGGAACAUUUUCCGAACCUUGCUACUGUGGACGCCAAAAGUUGGGAAUAUUUAUUGCCUUUAAUACAAGAAAUUAUUAACAAUUUAAGUAAUGCCAAAUUAUCAAUUCCCCCCCAAGGGUUCAAUAUUAUUAGUAAUAUGAAUGAAAUCGCUUACCAGAGUAUUCCUCAUCUCCAUCUCCACAUUAUUCCUAAAUACGAAAAAGACCAAGGAUUUAUCUGGAACAGUCAAUCGCAAUUAAAAUACUCCUUGUUGGAAAUGGCACAAAACGGAGGAGAAGAUGUCAACUGUCAUUUGCUACCCAAGCCUACUCCGCCAGAUCAAAGCCUAACCGAAGAAGAUAAAAAGAAGAUUGCUUUUUAUGAUGAUCUCGAAAAAUUUUUUAAAGGCAGUAUUCCUUCCGACUUAAAAUCCCA